CAGCCGUCAAGCUUUACGGCAGUGUGUCAGAGGCAGGCAGCUCAGCUGUCAGAAGGAAAUGCGCAUUGGACUGCCCAGUGCAGAGACACUGCAAGGUGGAUCCUUAAAAACUUUAGUUUUGACGGUGCUCCUGAGUGUGUUUAUGUUCCAGCUGCUGAGGACUGUUGGAUUGAGGGCGUUCUCCAUGGCAUCUGAGACGUACAUGUCGGGCACUCUCUCUGCCGCCUUUGUGACCUGUCCUAACGACACAGUUGCUAAGGACUUGGCCAGGGGGAUCGUGGAACGGAAACUGGCCGCGUGCGUCAACAUCGUCCCAGCAAUCACGUCUGUAUAUGAAUGGCAGGGGAAGAUUGAGGAGGACAGUGAGGUGCUACUGAUGAUUAAAACAAGAAGCUCCAAGGUGUCCGCUCUGGCUGAAUAUGUGCGCUCUAAACAUCCCUAUGAAGUGGCCGAGGUCAUCAGUCUGCCCAUCGAACAGGGCAACCCUCCCUACCUCAAGUGGGUGGGCGAGGUCGUACCCGAGUAAGACUGGGCAGAUGGAGGAGAGGAAGAUUCAAUGGGUGUCUGAUGUAAUGUGAAAUGUCCUUCUUACUGACCACUAUCCUCCAAAUCAGACGUGUUGUUAUAACUAUGUUCAUCAGGUGAUUUUCUUUUAAAAGGACACCAUUAAAAAACUUCUUCCACAGUAUUGUUCCCCCUCACACUUAUCUCUACCACUAGAGGGCAGCCUCAGCUUGUGUGAAAGUGCUUAAAAGAUGCUUGUCAUUGGUUCAAUCUCAUUUCCCUUUUUCUUUAGAAAAUAAAAAGGAUGACUAUUUUUCA